AUGGGCUGCGGAAGCAGCAAGGUGCUGCCAGAGCCCUCGGUUAAAAACGGUUAUGUGAGCUUCGUGAAGUCGGUAGUUUGCUACAGUCACAAAAGAAAAGAGUUAGAUAAUGAGCUACAGAAGUGUAAAGGGAAGCAGAAAGACCUUUGGAGUGUUGUUCAGAGCAGUGGAUGUACGGGUACACAGGCGCCGUCAAGCAUUCAACUGCCGACAGGCCAGGAUGGGCAGGGGCACAACAAAGUGGCCAAGUACAAGGCAAAGUUUGAUCCCAGAGUCACAGCAAGGUAACUGUAUAAAAAUCGUUAACAUUUGAAGAUCAGUAGUAGCUAUAUAAAUCAGUGCCAAUUCAUUGUGGGUACUUAGACUAAUUAAUUUGCUGAUGUUGUUGUUGAUGAUGAUGAUAGUGAUGAUGAGGACUCCAUAUUCUAUCAUAUUUCAUGUUUAUCUACCAUAGAAGACCUCACCUCACUAGAUUAGAAUACAGUAGAACAGAACACUAUUCUCUUCUUCUCCCUCCUGCCCUCUCUGUCCAGGUAUGAUAUCAAAGCCCUGAUCGGUAGGGGGAGUUUCAGCCGGGUGGUACGUGUCGAGCACCGAGCCACCCGCCAACCCUUCGCCAUCAAGAUGAUGGAGGUCUGUAACCUAUCACUUCCAGUAGACCUAGGGAAGAGGUAUGGGGGCAGGGAAUGUUCAUGAGGGGAGAAACAGAAGGAGAAGGAAGUGUGCAACAUUAGUAAGGGCAUUUACACCAACAAAUUAAAAGUGCAGUAAUAUCAGUUGUCAAACUAUUCAGGAUUGUGUGUCAUUAUAUAAAAUGAAAUUCAACACCUGUUGCAGGUGGAGGCCAGGGAGGGGCGAGAGGUGUGUGACUCUGAGCUGGGGGUGCUACGCAGGGUCAGCCACCUCAACGUGGUGCAGCUGGUGGAGGUGUUCCAGUCACCCCAGAGGGUCUACAUGGUUCUGGAACUGGCCACGGGCGGGGAGCUGUUCGACCGUGUCAUCGCUAAGGGCCACUUCACCGAACGCGAUGCCACCAGAGCCCUGCAGAUGGCGUUAGCCGGGGUGGGGUAUCUUCACUCUCUGGGCAUCACACACAGGGACCUGAAACCUGAGAAUCUGUUGUACUACCACCCUGGAGCCGACUCACGCCUGCUGGUGACUGACUUUGGGCUGGCCAGCUUUGGGAAUAGGGAUCCUGGAGGGGGUGAGGGUGGAGGUGGAGAUGGAGUGGGCGGUGGAAAUGGAGAUGGUGGAAGUGGAGAUGGCGGCGGUGGAGUUGGAGAUAGUGGAGUUGGAAGGGAUGGAGGAGGUGGCGGUAGAAGAGACUGGUCCAUGAGGACCACAUGUGGGACGCCAGAGUACAUGGCCCCAGAGGUGGUCUUGAGGAGGCCCUACUCCUGCCAGGUGGACAUGUGGGCCCUGGGGGUCAUAGCCUACAUCCUACUCAGCGGCUCCAUGCCCUUCGAGGACGACAGCCGGCCCAGACUCUACAGAGAUAUCCUCAGGGGAAGGUACAGCUUCCACGGAGAGGUGAGUUGUUGUUGA